UGAGGUUAAGAAGAGUGGCAUCACAAUCGUGAGCGUUGGCCACAGAUCGAGCCUCCUGAAAUACCACGACCUUCUGCUGAAAUGUGUGUCGACGACACAAGAAAGGGGCGGAAAGAUGGACAAGGCAUGGCUGCUGCUGCCAACCAACGACUUGACGCCACCUGUCCAGAUGGAGAUCAUCCAAGAAGAGGAAGACCAAGAGGAGGAGCAGCAGCAGCUGGAACAGCAGGUAUAGGGAUAGGGAGGGACCAUGUAUAGAACCAGGUUUAGGACCUGGUACAGGAUUAGAUAAAGGAGGUCAUAAGAUACAUGUUCUAUACCUGUUAUAGGACCUGGUACAACAGCAGCAAUGUCGCCUGUUGAGAUGUUCUAUACCUGGUAUAUUAUGUAAAAGACUUGGCUGGCAUAGGAUCUGGUAUAGAAACAGGUCCGACUUUAGGGAUGGCACCUGAAUGAGAUGCCUUAAUUAGUCCUAUACCGUGUAUAGAACCAGGUUUAGGACCCCAGGUAUAGAAGCAGAUAUAGGACCAGAUACAUAGGACCAGGUAUGGGACCACGUAUAGAACCAGGUACGGAACCUAGUUGGUAUAGAACCAGGUAUAGGAUAAGGCUCAACUUCAGAAUCUAUCUAGUGAUGAGAUGUCGUUCAUGAAUCACCUUUGUAGGAAUGUAAGAAGGGGGAUGU